CGCACGCUUGCAUUGGUAACAUCGAAGAGUAUGCUUCUUGUUGAUUUCAAAAUUUAUUGUGGAGGUUUGGACCCUGCUUGACGGUUUUUUGGGGCUGGGUGAGGAAACAGUGUGGUGGUGAAAUGGGACUUUUUAAACACUUGCAAAUUUUUUGUGCAAUAUUUUGAGACUUAUGUGCGCACUGGAGGGCUGAAGGACACCUGGAAAAAGAGAUUUUUGAAAAUGAAGACGGAGUAUCGCCUGUGCUCGGCAUGUGGCGAACCGAUUAGCGACAAGUUCCUUUUGGAAGUUUCCGGGCGUAGUUGGCACGCGAGAUGUCUCCGGUGUUGCGUCUGCCAACUGCAAUUGGACCGUCAACCCUCCUGUUUCAUCCGGGACCGAGCAAUUUAUUGUAAAGCAGACUAUGCAAAAAGUUUUGGUGCGAAAUGCUCUGUGUGCUCCCGGGGCAUCUCCUCCAGCGACUGGGUGCGCAAAGCCCGUGACCACGUGUACCACUUGGCCUGUUUCGCGUGUGCCGCCUGCCACCGGCAGCUCUCCACCGGCGAAGAAUUCGCCCUCCACGAAGACCGCGUCUUGUGCAAAGCACACUACUUGGAAACCCUGGAUGGCGGCACCACCUCCUCCGACGACUUUACAGAUGGCUGCGACGCCGAAGGCUACCACAAGAACAAGGCGAAAAGGGUGCGCACCACCUUCACCGAGGAGCAACUCCAAGUGCUCCAAGCCAACUUCCAGCUGGACUCGAACCCCGACGGCCAGGACUUGGAACGCAUUGCCCAAAUCACGGGACUGAGCAAACGAGUGACGCAAGUGUGGUUCCAGAACUCGAGGGCGAGGCAAAAGAAACACAUGCACACAGGGAAGAUUAAGACACAGAUGCACAAUGCCAGAGAGGAUAAUGGGUUUGGACGGCACAUAAAUCUACAUCUGACGUACUCUUUCCAGCAACAGAAUAACUCGAAAACGUCACUGUUUGGACAACCUGAAUCAGCUUUAGAUGAUCUCUCACAAGAAUCUACGAUGCACUGCAUGCAGGGUGAAGUGUAAACAGCUUUAUUAGUUGGAAAUACUUGUAUUGGAAACCUCCCAAUAUAUUACGUGAUUUUUUUAAAUGUACUAUAUUUAGUUUUUAUUUUAUUGUUAAUUAGUCUUACUUAUUUAUUUCGUUAUCACUGUAUAAAAACGAUGGCUAAAAUUUGCUAUAAGAAUUAGCAGUAUAUGUUACUGAAAGUUAUUUACUUGUUGUAAGUGUA